GAGUUCGCUCAGUGUCUCGCACGCGCUGGUGGUGACCGCACAUUCCCGGCAGACCGAUCCGUGUUCCUCCCCCUCGCCUCCGCCACCUCCAGCCCCGCUUGCUCGACCUCCCCCGAAUUAGACACACGCACGCGCUCACUCCGCUAGGACGCCCGGCAGACGCGGACCAGCCAGUGAAAGUGGUCUUCGGAGGGAAACACAGCACGCUCUCGGCCGUCCCAGGUCUCGUCCAGCUCGCCCCUUCGAGAUUCGUGUCGUCGAUUCCGAGGGAAAGAUGACCUCCUUCGUCAGCGCUGUCUUCGCGUUGGGUCUCGCCUCCCUGGUCGCGGGGACGGAGUUCGCAUCGCAGUUAAGGAAAUGCCGCGUCGACAACAAGAAUGCUCUCAACACUUGCCUCGAACAGAUCAUGGAGGAUCUGAGGCCGCGCACCAAGACAGGUAAAGUGAUGUCUCCACUCUCCCCUCCCCACCCCAAUCCCUCCACCUCCCCUUCUUCGCCUCCGCCUCCUCGCACGACUGACGACGCCCUUCCUCUCCCCAGCGCCGACCCACAGGCACUGACGCUCUCCGUGGGUCUCAAGGUUCCCGAACUUCGCGUGACCGGACUCUAUGAGCUCAAGGGCCAGGUCAUCGUCUUCCCCGUGAGCGGAUCUGGAAGCUUCUGGACCAACCUCAACAACAUCGACGCCUCCGGGGUGGGGAGGCUGAGCGUGCAGCAAGGACCCGACGGCCAGGAGCGCCUCAGAGUGUCCGACACCCGCAUCAACUUCGACAUCCGGGACAUCUCGCUCCACCUCAGCAACCUCUUCAAUGGGGAUCCUAUCCUGGGUGAGACCGUGAACCACUUCCUGAACCAGAACAGCCAGGAGGUCCUUCGCGACGUCAAGCCCGAAGUGUCUCGUCAGCUCAACGUGCUCAUCCAGAGAGUGAUGAACGACGCCCUCUCACAGCUCCCCGUCAGCUCCUUCCUCAUCACGCAAUGAGAGAACGAAGAGGGAGGGAAGAGGAAGGGGAAGGAAAGAGGGGACAGGGCGAAUAGAAAGCUCUUCGGGUGAAAGAACGAAGAGGGAGGGAAGAAGGAGGGGAAAGGGGAAAGAGAGAAGGGAAAAGAAGAGAAGGAAAGAAAAUCUUGGGGGUAAGGGGAAGAGAUAAGGGAAAAGAGGAGGAAUAGGAGUAGGGGGGGAAGUAGAAGAAGGAAGAGAAAUGAAAGGAAAGACGGACAGGGAGAAAAGAAGGGAGACUCUAUGUCUUACUCGCUCUCGAUGUCCAUUGGAAGAAUCCUAAUACAUCUUUUUCAAACGACUGUCAUGAAAGGUAGUCUCGUCCAGCCUUCCAUGGGUGUUUCUGCCAUGCUUUAAGUAUGAAGACAGCAGAUGUAUUUUUCAACAUCAUGAUCAUAAGUGUGUGUGUGUAUAUAUACGUAUGUAAGUUUAUAUGUAUAGGUACACACAUAGACGUAAACAUUAUCAUACACCGACUCCAUACAGUAUUCAAAACUAUAUUGUUCAUGUAUCAACUUUUCUUACGACAAACAAGUAGUUAAAACGUAGAUGAGUAGUUAAGGUCCAUUGUUUUGUUACAAAAAUCUACCUACGCAAAGAAAAAAAAAAACAGACUGAUGAAUGACUGUGAUAGCUGAAUGUUCUUCCAGUUCAAUAAAGAAGUUAAAACCUUAUUUGUGUUAAAACACUCAAAAUCGUACACCUGCUGAAUUGACUUUUAAUGCUAAAUGCCUUACCACAAGAUCUCAAGAGAAUAUGAGAAAUGUAACACCGCUGGGAAUCCUGUGACUGUUUGAUGGCUGUAAAAAAUAAGGAAUUAAUGAAAGACACGAUCAGUUUGCUAAAGUUUAUAAGCAUUUAUCUCCCAUUUCUAAUCAAAUUUAAAUGAUAAAUAGAUAUAAUACAUACAUUUUUUGAACAGUAAUUAGGAAUAUUUUGUUAAGAUAUAAAAGUUUAAAGAAAAAUAUAAAGAAAAGAAAAUUAGAUUUCGAAAUGUGUUUAAGAACUAUUCUGGGUGUGAGCUAAACAUUAAAACGUUUCAUGUUCGUUUGAAAGAAUUAUUGCUUUUAUCAUAUAUAAAAGAAGUGCGUUAAUUUGCAUUUGAGUAAUUGAAAGAUGAAUACGUAAUUCGUCCUGUGCAUGGAAGAAUACGUGAAUGACUCUCCGUAUGCAAUACCGUGCAUGAAUGAACUAAAGCAAAUGGCAUAGCGUGGGCGGUUGUAUGAAUGAUUAGCAAUACGAUGUGAAAGUAAUGACAGAAAGGCAAAAAGGUGAUUUAAAAGCGUGACUGCAGAAACGUAUUAUCAGUCUAUGGGCAUGUAACUGCGCAUCAUACAUAUUGUUCCGAUAGUAAGGAGUGCAUACUAUAUAUAUAUAUGUGUGUGUAUGUUAAGGACCUUGUCGUAGAUAUAUUAUAUGUUAGAAUAUUGUUGCUGUACAAAUAAAAUAAUUUUCGACAA